AAAACUAAACUCAACCAUUGAAGAAGCUCGGGUUUAAAUCCGGACCCAUCUCAAUCUUGCCGACCCGCCAAAAUUAGGGCACCAAAUUCUCCCUCUUUCAACUCUAUCAGAGCAUUAGAGCAAGGAUGUGAAAGAAAGAUUGGAUUUGAUCUAAAAAGAACAUGACGAAAGGAUGCAACGAUUGGGUGGCAGAAGCGCGGAUCCUAUUAUUAAUGCAGGGACUUAGCUCCUUAUAGUAGUAAAAUCUUAAACACACAGCUUCGAUUAUACACACAGCUUAAACAUAGACACACGACCACAGCUUCGAUUCCCCUAUCAGUCUCCAUUCGAUUCGAUUGAGGACAGGGUAAGAACUCACAGGUUAACCAAAGAUGACUAACUAUUUUGACAUUGAUGAUAUUCUGGCCGAAGAUGAGCUUGUACCAGCUAUUUUCCGUGAAGCUACAAACGGAGUUGGCCUUUUUGAUUCUACCGACGACACGAACAAGGUAGAGCCAGGUUCAAAAGUAGAGCUACCAUUUUGGCUUGCUCGGGAACUACACUUGAGGCAAGCAGUGACAGUUAAUGUUCCCCCUUGUUUCAAUAAAAGAACACGUGAGGAAAUUGAUGCUGAUGCUGCGCAUGUGGAUUUAAGGAGCCGUUGUCCAUAUUUUUAUGAAUUAGGAUACAAGAUUGCACCAUUAGUUGGUGAUAAAACCAUAGGACUUGUUCUCUUGAUCGCAUUUAGAACCAGGUACAAGGAAGUACUGAUCAAAGCUCAUACAGCAUUUGCAGUGGCUCCGACAUUCUUAAGCCUUCUAACAGAAGAAGAAAUCAAACUGUACAAGGCAGCUCAAUCUUCUGCCGUUGCAUUUAAGAAAUGGCGUGUGGGCGGCCCAAGAUUUCAGAAAGCUUCUGUACUUGGGAGGAAACGAAAGCCGGCUGAGUAGGUAACCAGCACCAGCUAAGAGAGUUAAUUUUAAAUUGUAACUAUAUACAGAAGAUUUAUUGGCUUUUACUGCCGUUGUUGGUUACAUCAUCCUCCUGAAGAUUAUUAUGCAGGUUAACAUGAAUUUAA